CCUCUUUUCUUUAUUGUGAAUAAUGGAUACUCUUACUCUUCGCGGCACCUUGGAAGGUCAUGGUAACUGGGUCACUGCCAUUGCUACCACUGCUGAAAACCCUGAUAUGGUUUUGUCUGCUUCUCGCGACAAGUCUAUCAUUGUCUGGCACUUGACCAAGGACGAAGUUAACUACGGUAUUCCUCGCAAGGCCUUGACUGGUCACAACCACUUCGUUGAAGAUGUUGCCAUCUCUUCCGAUGGUCAAUUUGCCUUAUCUGCCUCUUGGGAUAACUCUUUGAGAUUGUGGGAUCUUGCUUCUGGUGUUACCACUCGCCGCUUCAUUGGCCACACCAAGGAUGUUCUCUCUGUUGCUUUCUCUGCUGACAACCGUCAAAUUGUUUCUGGUUCUCGUGAUAAGUCCAUCAAGUUGUGGAACACUCUUGGUGAAUGCAAGUACAACAUUGUCGAAGAUGGUCACUCUGAAUGGGUUUCCUGCGUUCGUUUCUCUCCCAACCCUGCUAACCCCUUGAUCAUCUCUGGUGGCUGGGACAAGCUCGUCAAGGUGUGGGAUUUGACCAAACUUAAGCUCAAGGCCAACUUUGUCGGUCACAACGGUUAUGUUAGCACUGUUACUGUGUCCCCUGAUGGUUCUCUCUGUGCUUCCGCUGGUAAGGAUGGUGUUGUCAUGUUGUGGGAUUUGAACGAAUACAAGCACUUGUACUCUCUUGAAGCUGGUGAUGUUGUCAAUGCUUUGACUUUCUCUCCUAACCGUUACUGGUUGUGUGCUGCCACUGCUUCUUCUAUCAAGGUUUGGGAUUUGGAAUCCAAGUCUAUUGUUGAUGAACUUCGUCCUGAUUUCACUCAAGUUGGUAAGGGUCGUGCUUUGGUUCCUCAAGCUUUGUCUCUUGCCUGGUCCGCUGAUGGUGCUACUCUCUUCGCUGGUUACACUGACAACCUUAUCCGUGUCUGGUCUGUGACCCGUACCCUUUAAAUUAAAGAAUACCUCACUUCCCUCUCUCUUUCUCUCUUUAGUUAUUAGUUUAUGGUAGUCUUAGUUUGUAGUAGUAGUUCUUUUUUUGGAUUGACUUUUUUUUUUUUUUUAUCUUUUAUACAUUACUAGAAAAAGCAUC